UAGUCAACGACCCUGCCUUCGUCUCGGGGGUAUAUUCCCGUUAGGGAUGUAAGCGUACUCGCUCCAAUUGAUAGGCCCUAGGUCAAGAUCCAUGGGCUGGCCCUGAACGAUUAUGCGUGGUAAUCCUUGACCUUGAAAUGCAAGAGAAGGGGAAAUGUCCAAGGGGAUGAUACAGUAGUAUAUAGCUCAUCACCUUUCUGCAUCCAAGACAGUCUUCACUCACUGGUCCUUCAAGCCAAACACCGGUGCUGCAAAGAAGAUCCCUGCCCUUUCUUUCGUCCCUUCUUUCUCUUGUCAAGGUUGCCAUCAUGCGUGCUGGUUUCAUCUCCCUCCUGGCCCUCAACGCCGCUGGUGUUUUGGCUGCCCCCCAAGCCACCACCGUUGACUCCUCCGCACCCGAGGUCACCAACCUCGAUGAGCUCGCUGAUCUCGCUGCUGCUGCGUAUGAGACUGCCCAGGACCUCGCCGGGGAUAAGACCAAGCGUGCCAGUACCUGCAACUGGAGCAACGUCCGUGUUCGACGAGAAUGGGGCACUCUCUCCAAGACGGAGAAGAAGUCUUACAUCGACGCUGUCAAGUGUCUCCAGUCCAAACCUUCCAAGUCUCCUGCGUCUUUCGCCGCUGGUGCCAAGACGCGUUUCGAUGACUGGGUUGCUGUUCAUCUGAACCAGACUCAGAUGAUCCACUACACUGGUAACUUCCUCACAUGGCACCGAUACUUCACUUGGCUCUAUGAAGAGGCUCUCCGAAAUGAGUGUGGCUACAAGGGAACUCAGCCUUACUGGGACUGGGCUCUUACUGCCCUCAGCGGCCUCAACAAGUCUCCUGUCUUCGAUGGCAGUGACCUGUCCCUCUCUGGUGACGGUGAAUUCAUCCCUAACGAGCCCGAUAUCAUCCUCGGUGCCUCAAGUGGUCUUCCCCCCGUCUACCUUCCCGCUGGCUCUGGCGGCGGCUGUGUCAAGUCUGGUCCUUUCAAGGACAUGAAGGUCAAUCUGGGCCCUGCUGCCCUUGACCUUCCUGGCGGUGGCGUCGCUGCCAACCCCAACCCUCUGGACUACAAUCCUCGUUGCCUGAAGCGCGAUCUCAGCGACGCCGUCAACAAGCGCUUCGCUAACGCUACAUCUAUUCUGAACAAUAUCCUCAAGCCCAAGACUGUUCUGGACUUCCAGAUGCAGAUGCAGGGUGUUCCCGGCACUGGUGACAUUGGUAUUCAUGGAGGCGGUCAUUACUCUCUCGGUGGUGACCCUGGCCGAGAUGUCUUCACUUCUCCCGGUGAUCCUGCUUUCUACCUGCACCACUCCAUGAUUGACCGUGUUUGGUGGAUCUGGCAGAUGCUUAACCCCAAGGAGCGUGUUAACGGCAAGAAUGCCGUCCAGGGCACAAAUACUUUCCUCAACAUGCCUCCCAGUGCUGAAACUACACUUGAUGAUUAUGUUAACAUUGGCUGGGUUGGGCCUGAGCGACAGAUCAAGGAUCUGAUGAGCACGCUUUCUGGACCUUUCUGCUACGUCUACCUGUAAACGAAUGCAGAAUGGUAUCUUGUAUAUAGCACGUAUUCAUCUUCAUCCGCUAAGCGUUUUAAUUAUUAGAAAAAUAGACUUUAAUGCUAUCGAUUGAGUUCCA